AUGUUUUUCCGCUGUGCAGUUAAGUUGCGCGUAAAUUCAGUGCGGUUCAAUUCUGCAAAACAAAGAUUAAAAAAUUAUAUUUUUCCUGUAAUUCGACCCGAAGAUUGUGUUCAGAAAUUUAUUUCCGGAUGGGGUCCCGGUGGACAAAAGGUGAAUAUGACGAGAAAUGCUGUAACAAUCAAACAUGUAUCUACUGGUGUCGUUGUUCGAGUCCAUCAGUCCAGACUUCUACAAGAGAAUAUUAAAAUUGCUCAGGAAAGGUUAAAACAUGCGGUAGAUCGGCAUUUAAAUGGCGAAAAUUCAUAUGAUGCUCAACUGGAACGAAUGGAGCGUGAGCGAAGCGCAAAGAAUAAGAGGAAGAGGGCAGCUGUACGCGAAUUAAAAAAAAUAUAUGCUCAGGAGAGAUCUAAUUCUGAAGGUGAAGAAAUCGAUUUGAAUUUUGUGAAAAAUGAUUUAUCUGAAGUUGAUGAUCAGGAACGUCAGCAAUCUUCUGCAUGA